CGAGUUUGUUGAGGAUCUAAAAUCAUUUUUCCCUUUAAGCGCAUAAUGAAUGAAUAUUUUGAUAUGGACUGGAGUAAACUACUCAUUCCUUUACGUUUCAUGAUUACAAGACCUGAUUUGGCCUACGAUUAGGAUUUCAACAGAUUACCAAAAUCUUCUCAGUUUCUACGCGUCAUAUCACCUUGAGAAAUCAGGAUCGACGAGCUUCAAUUGGGCGCUUCUCCGUUCUUUCAAUGCAAUAUCAUUUAAGCAGACAUUUACGAUAGUCUGCUUUCGCCUACCUGCAUUUCCCACAAUUCAGAGAUGUUGGCCGAAUGCGUCUCAUUCAAUACACACUUUCCACCGGGAGGUGAACAGAGAAAUUAUUCAUUUAACAAAACAAAUGGUGCAUCGUUAGUACUUAAUGCAUCCUUAUAUUUCGCACUGUUUUCAGUGGUCUUUUUAGCUAGGUUACCCAGCCCCGCUCGAAGUCUCACAUUCUUACAGCAUUGAUGAGAGGUAUUAGUCCUCCAAAGGCAAAUCACCCAGGACACAAGACAGCGCUGCAUGAUGAGGUAAUCCAAAGGAUGUGCCAAGACACAUUUUUUGAAGGUUAUGAGGAGAUUGAGCCUCUUUUGAUGGUUUCUCAAAGCACGACAUCUAUUUGUUUAUGCCCUAUUCAUCCUUGCAGUGCUCUUCAUUGCCUACAUCGGCCCCUCAUCGGUCAGGUUUUUGGAGGGAUUAAUUCCUAUGGAUAAGUGUCCUUUACUUCCUGGGCAGACACUGCGGCUGGGAGAGGCCGUGGACAACACACUGGACCUGUGGUCCAGAAGCGAUGUUCAAACGUGCACUUAUUGGGGUGCACCUGUGAUGUGGGAUGGAAUGUUUGACCCCAAAGUCUAUGACAGGGUGCACAGAGAAAAGCGUUCAUCUGUGGCACUGACUGUGUUUGCUGUUGGAAGGUACCUGGACGCCUACCUCUCAGAAUUCCUGCGCUCCGCGGAGCAGCACUUCAUGCCGGGCUUACCCGUGACGUACUACGUGUUCACCGACUCCCCGGAGCGGGUGCCCGAAGUGCGGCUGGGCCCGGACCGCGCCGUGGAGGUGGUGCGCGUGCAGAGGCACCACCGCUGGCAGGACAUCUCCAUGAUGCGCAUGAAGACCAUCACGGACGCCAUCGACCAGCUCAUCCGCCACCGGCACCAGUACGUCUUCUGCCUGGACGUGGACCAGGUGUUUGUGGGCCGCUUCGGUUCGGAGGCCCUGGGGGACUCCGUGGCCCUGCUGCACGCCUUCUACUACCACCGGCCCAAGGCCUUCUACACCUACGACACCAACCCCAGGUCCGCCGCGUACAUGGAGACCGGCGACUUCUACUACCAUGCGGCGGUCUUCGGCGGGUCGUGGCAGAGCGUGAGGAACCUGACGGAGGGCUGCUUCCGAGGCAUCGUGGAGGACCAGCGGAACCAGGUGGAGGCCCUGUGGCAGGACGAGAGCCACCUGAACAAAUACCUGUGGCUCCACAAGCCCAGUAAGGUGCUGUCUCCGGAGUACUGCUGGGCGAAGGGAGUCGGGCAUCGCAGAGACAUCCACGUCACCCGCCUCCUCUGGGCCGACAAGCACUACAGCACGCUCAGGUAUCCCACGUAGGCACCGAACUCAGUCUGCAAAAGCUAUGCAGCUCCACUUACAAAUAAUAAACAAUUGCAAAAAAAUGUUUUGGAGCUGUUCUAAGAGCAGAAAAACUAUUUUUUCCCAGAAAACUUAGAUUUUCAUAUGUGACCUUGAAAAAAGGAACAACAUUUAAAACAAAAAAAGAGAAGCACGUCAUUUCUCUGGAACUUGGAGUGGUUUUUGUGGCACGAAAAAGCUACCCACACCUUCAUGCAUACAAGCGCACACAAACGCAUACAUACACACACACACACACACACACACACAAACAGACACACUGCAGUACUUUCCCCCCACACUCACCUAUGUUGUUUUGGUGAGGAUGGAAAUACCCUGUGAUCAAGUGAUGUUCUUCCCAGGCUCUGCAAAGUGUUUGUGGUUUCUAAUAUUUAUGGGAAUCUAUCUUAAAUUAACUGUAGGCUACUUACUGCACUCAGCCUGCAUUGUUUUUCAGGCUUGUACUCAAUACUGUAACUGCCCUGUAACUGUCAAUUUUCAGUUAGAACUCUGCUGCGAGCACGCUGUCCAAAAUAGAUCGAAUCCCACAGACCACCUCCUCUUUCUGUCUAAGAGGUGUGUGCUCACCCAGAGUUCUGUACAUGUUCAGUAUUUCUCCGGCCGUCCCUGGGAAGUCAUGGUCACGAGAAGGAUGGACGAAGCUGUAAAUAAAAUAAUAAAAUCACAAUAAACUGCUCUCCCCAAAUAUCUGCAACUUCA